CUUCUUCCCUUUUUUUUUGUUCUUUUCUUUCAUUUGAAAGUUUAAAACCCCUUACGCUUCUUCAUUUCCUCUCAUCUCGCCAUGUCGUACACCGCCCACCAUGGAGUUAUCUCCUUCCAUUUCUUCGUCCUCUUGCUCCUCAUCUCUCCGCCACCUUCCACUGCCCAAGUCCAACCCACCAGCCCAAACGACGAACAAUACUCUUACGCGCGUUUCAGCCCUUCCUUGGCCAUAAUCGUCGUCGUUCUAAUUGCUGCUUUGUUCUUUUUGGGUAUUUUCUCGAUUUACAUCCGCAACUGCUCCGAAUCCAACGCCAAUGGAAGCAGCGUCAAUCCUGUUAACGGCGAAGCCGGCCGUUCGCGGCGUGGGACGCGUGGACUUGAAGCGUCGGUGAUCGAGACUUUCCCCACCAUGAUUUACUCUGAAGUUAAGGUUCAUAAGAUCGGUAAAGGAGCUCUGGAGUGCGCAGUUUGUUUGAAUGAAUUCGAAGACGACGAAACGCUGCGUUUAAUACCGAAAUGCGAUCACGUUUUUCACCCUGAAUGUAUUGAUGCUUGGUUGGCUUCUCAUACGACCUGCCCCGUUUGUAGAGCUAAUCUCGCUUCUCAACCAGGUGAUUCUGGAGUGAGUCAACCCACUGAGUUGAAUGAGAUCGCCACCGAGAUAGACCUCGAGGCUCCGAACGACAGCAGUGACUCGGAAAUGGAAGGAGAAGAAAGGAGAAUAAACAAUAAUAAUGUCAGCAGUGACGUAGAAGGUGGUGUUGCUCUGGAGGUUGAAGUAGUUGACUUGAACAAAACUUUAAAUAGGAAUCGUACACGUGGAUCAAUAUCUAGCCGUACACGUAAAUUCUUUUUUCCGCGCUCCCACUCAACUGGCCACUCUUUGGUCCAGCCCGGUGAAAACACCGACCGAUUCACCUUACGAUUGCCGGCUGAUGUUCGAAACCAGUUAAUAAACCGGAAAUUGAACCGGGCAACGAGCUUGGUUUUGCCUAAGGAAAAGGGUUCCCGACCCGGGGAAGAUGGUGGAAGUAGUAGAGGGAAGUCUUCUAUUCGGCUCAAUAAGAUGGACCGGGGAGUUAAGUCAGACCGGUGGCUUUUUAGUAUGUCACGAUCAUUUUUUAGUAGAGCAUCUUCCGUAAGGUCACCAAAGGUGACCAAUGAUUGUGAAGGAACAUCAAGUUUGCCGGCUGGACCCACGGCUGGCUCAAGCCGUCCUCAGGUCUAAUGGCUCUUAUUUUUCCCCACCAAAUUUAAUAAUAUGUACAUUAUCUAUGCUAUGUUUAUUUUUUCCUAAAAAAAUAUUUUUUUGUUUAUUAAUUUAAUUUGAUUUUCUGGAGCAAUGCAUGUAAGAUCACAUUCACGAUUGACCAUUUCAAUUGGAAAAAAAAAUGCCUGACGUUUGAGUUUGAA